UCUCGAUGAGGCUUUUACAUGUUCUUCUGCUAUUCACCUUUUUGGUAGUGGCUUCUGGAUUUGUACUCGGAACCGGUGGUGGAGGAUUCUCCAGUUCCUCUGAAGAAUAUCGACAUAGGCCACGUGGUGGGCGAGGGCCUAGGUACGACGAUGGUUCCUCCGAAGAUUACAGUGGAGGGCAUCAUAGACCACCAAGGCCUCCAAGGCCACCAAGGCCAACACCUAGGCCAGUAGAAAACAUGGAGACUAUUAAUGGACCGUUUGGAAGCAAUUCACGUAUACCAAUUCCUGGAGGAUAUUGGGAUACAGGCAAGGUCCUCCGAUUCUAUGGUGUUCCUGGACAAGGAAGAUGGUCCAUUAACCUGGCCCAAGGAAUCGUGUGGCUGUUUCGUUUUGCGUCACAGCCUGAUCUGGGCCGUGUUGUCCGAACCCGUCAUCAAAAUGGACAGUUCCUCCAGGGUGACACAUAUGGUGGAAACCCAUUUCCUGCGGGUGCCAAUUUCAAUGUGACUAUGAUCAAUCAACCAUCGGCUAUUGAGAUUCAUGUCAAUCAGGUUUUCUUCACAAACUAUAAUCAUCGAACUGGCAAUCCAUCGAGAGACUAUCAAUUCAUCGAUAUCAUCGAAAAUGUCAUUAUCUCGAAAAUUGAAAUUACUAGAUAACUUGUUUAGCUGAAUGAAACCUUUGUUGUCAG